AUGGCCAGCACCUCGCAGGACUCGUGGAUCGCGCGCCACUACGUCGACUAUGUCUACGUCCCCGCUUCCCUGCUCGUCGUCGGCACCCUCAUCGUGAAGAGGGAAUGGGUCGCCUACUCCGUCAUCCUCGCCCUCGUCAUGGGCGCCUACAACUUCUGGAACUUCCAGAUCAAAAAGGUUCUCAAGCCCGACGUCUUCCAGGAGUUUGAGCUCGAGGAGAAGACCGUCAUCUCCCACAAUGUCGCCAUGUCAGUCGCCCGCCGGCUCGCCGCGAGCGUGCUCGAUGCUAACGCGAGACGCAGUUACCGAUUCAAGCUGCCCUCCUCCCGCUCCAUCCUCGGCCUCCCCAUCGGCCAGCACAUCUCCAUCGGCGCUCCCCUCCCCCAACCCGACGGCAGCACAAAGGAAAUCGUCCGCUCGUACACGCCCAUCUCCGGCGACCACGAGCCUGGCCACUUCGAUCUCCUCAUCAAGUCGUACCCCCAAGGCAACAUCUCCAAGUUCAUGGCUUCUCUCAUGCUGAACCAGACCAUCCGAGUCCGCGGUCCCAAGGGUGCCUUCGUCUACAAGCCCAACAUGGUCCGCCGCUUCGGCAUGAUCGCAGGCGGCACCGGCAUCACGCCCAUGCUCCAGAUCAUCCGCGCCAUCAUCCGCGGCCGUGCCGAUGGCGACAGGACCGAAGUCGACCUCAUCUUUGCCAACGUCUCGCCUCAGGACAUUCUGCUCAAGGAAGACCUCGACGCGCUAUCCGCCGAGGACAGCGGCAUCCGCGUUCACUACGUCUUGGACAAUCCCCCGGAGGGCUGGACCGGCGGCGUCGGCUAUGUGACGGCCGACAUGAUUACCAAAUGGCUUCCCAAGCCUGCCGACGACGUCAAGAUCCUCCUCUGCGGCCCCCCUCCCAUGAUCAGCGGCCUGAAAAAGGCCACCGAGAGCCUGGGCUACAAGAAGGCUCGCCCCGUCAGCAAGCUCGAGGAUCAGGUCUUUGCCUUUUAA